AGAUGUUCAAACAAACGAAUAAAUAUAACUUUUGCCUUAGGCUAAUUAUCUUGAUCGUAUCGAUCAUGUGUAAUACGGCUCAAUCGAUGCCGAGUAACAAUGUAAGUUGUCAAAUGAAUCAUCUUUAUCAUCGUACACCCAAAAGGAUGAACUUGUCACAAUCGAACGACGUUGUGAAAAAAUUCUCUUGCCGAGAACCACAAUUCCGAUCCUACAAUUUAAGGGAUUUGAUGAAGGAUAUUCACACCAAUUCGGAAAGCGUUAAUUACCCGCUUUACAUUGUUUUGAACAGAUGCGAUGUACAUUCCGGAUGUUGCGGGAGUACACUGAAGAGCUGUACCCCGAUGGAAUCGGAAAUUUAUCACGACGAGUUAGAAGUUGAGAUCAAUAGUAUAGAAACUAAUAUUUCAAGAACAUUAUGGAUAAGAGUUGAACAACACGGUAAAUGUAUUUGUGCGGAAACCGACCCCGAUGAACGUCAGAGUUUUUCGAUCCCGAAAAUUGAGAUGAUUUGAUUGAUUGAUGUUGUGAACAACAAAAUUGAUUCCUACGUUCUUGUGAAUACAAAAAAAUAAUAAUAAUAGAAACUAUAACAAAAAGACAAAAAAAUAUGUAAGUAGCAAUCUCGGUGAUAAUAUUGAUUAGGACGUAUUAAAUGUGUAUUACAUUUCCGAGAACAAUAUUACAAAGGACGUCUUCUCUUUUUUAUUCAACUUUUUCUAUCUAUUUAUAUACCGAUUGUUUAAUCUCGCUUAAAACAUUCCAAAUGUAAAAUCCAUAUAGUUUGAAAUGUUCGAAGGUGUUUGAUGCAAGCGUUUAUAGUGCGAUGCGCAAAGAUUGGCUCGUAGCCCAGCAUGAUCUAUAUAGACAGUGUCUCUUUCUGAAACCAAAUGCCAAUGAAUCGGCACCUGUUCUUCAAAAUUACUUUUGCCAAAAUUGAAGUCUUCUUAGAAAAACUAAAUAAAUCAAUGAAAUAUAAACAAAAUUCAAAUUUUAUACAUAUAUUAUAUUAUAAUCAACGGCCUAGCCACGUUGGAUUACUAGCUCUUUUUAGAUCAUUAAAAUCAAGCAACGUGAGCACGGUUAGUAACAUGGAUAGGGUGACUCGUUCGAAAAAGCAAAAGACAAAAACCAUGUGCUGUUGACUCCAGAGAAACGGUAAAAAGACUCUUCUAUUCGGUAGAAUUGAAUAAGUGUUAGAAGGUGUUCGUAAAAAAGUGACUCAACCCGUAAAAGGGAGAGCAAAAAAAAUAUAUAUAUUUGUAAUCGGAUUGGAAGAUACCAAUGUCUUGAAUCUGUAUUACAAGGAGUAAACUAUAUUGUUAUAUUAGUUUUUUUUGCUCUCCCUUUUACGGGUUGAGAUCCUCUUCUAUUAACACCUUUUUACAUUUGUUCAAUACCAGAGAAGUCACGUUUUUUACCGCCUCUCUGAAGUCUUUUGUUUUUUUGGACAAGUCAUCCCCCCAUCCAUAUUACUAACAGUGCUCACGUUGUUUGAUUUAGUAAUCUAAAGGGAACUAAUAAUCUAACGAGGCUAGGUCGUUUGUUUCACUGUGAAUAUAUUAUAUUAUAUAAAUAUAAUUAUAACACUUUGUACUCGGAAGAUUCCUGUGAGAGGGACAUAAGUUUUUUUUUAGUAAUUAGAUAGGAAAAAUUUAUGUUAAGUUCAAAUUUCAAUAAAUAAUAUGUUGCU